AUGUGGUUUUUUGGUAAUCGCUGGUGGAGGUGUCUAUCUCUACCGGAAUUAUUUGUUGACAGCAGCUGUCUCGGCUUGGCCUCUGUGCAUUCGCUGCUCACUCGCCGAGACGUAUCUACACCUCGAGCGUUGUACAGAGCGCCGGCGAGGGUCUGGCGAUUGGUAUAUAUACACGAGUAUGUGACAGGAGUAUUAGAAAAACCCGUAGUCCGUCGGCUCGGAGGUUAUUCGUACGCCUUGCGCGUGCAUCUAAAAAAUAACACUAAAAAAUGUGGAAAAUGGCUAGACUGGUGCCAGAAUGUCGGAAGAGGAGACGGGAGGCUAGGGACGGGACGAGUGAGCAGGGCGUGGUCCUGGUCGGAGGAUGACGGACUGGGACUGGGACGAGCGCUACCGCGCUUAUUCACGCCUCUGCAAAAAGUGACUAACACGGCUUAUAAAGGACCACUUCAGAGACAACUCUCCCCCAUCCCACUCCUCCUCCGAGGAUAA